UCAGGCUGCGCGUUGUUUCCGUAUGCUACGUGCGGACGGACGGGGAGCCGGUGAGCCGGUAGCCUAGUGCUGAAGUAUGGACGUGCGGUGCAGCGCUGAGAGCGAUCCCGAUCUCCCCAAAUACCAUCUCGGCUCCGUCCCGAAGGAGCCGCAGUCCAGAAAGAAUGAGCAGGAGAAGCUGUCGGGGGUGGUGAAAAGCGUCCACCGAAAACUCCGUAGGAAAUAUAUUGAAGUGGGAGAUUUUGAGAAAAUAUGGCGUGAGCACUGUGAAGACGAGCAGACUCUGAGUGAGUAUGCCAUGGCCAUGAAGAAUCUAGCUGACAACCACUGGGCGAAUAAAUGCGAGGGAGAGGGACGCAUUGAGUGGUGCCGCAGUGUUUGUCAGGAGUACUUCCAGGAUGGAGGGAUGAGGCGAGUAUUGGAGAAGGAUGAGAAGAGUGCUCGUCAUGCCGCAGCUGGCAAUAACACAUCUGUAAACACUCCACAAUCCUCCUCUCCCAGCUCAGUGUUCCACCUUGAGAUGAUACGACUCUUGGAUGUGGGCAGCUGUUUCAAUCCCUUCCUGAAGUUUGACGAUUUUCUUACUGUCGGUAUUGACAUUGUGCCAGCAGUAGAGAGUGUCUUCAAGUGCGACUUUCUCAACCUGCAGCUGCAGCAGCCUUUGCAGCUGGCCAGUGACGCUCUGGAUACCUUCCUGCGGCAGCUGCGUGGCCCCAUUGAAACUUUACCUGCCCAGCUCUUUCAUGUGGUGGUAUUCUCCUUGCUUCUCUCCUAUUUCCCCGCGCCCUACCAGCGUUGGCUCUGCUGCAAGAAAGCCCAUGAACUUUUGACCCUGAAUGGCCUUCUCCUCAUCAUCACCCCUGACUCCUCCCAUCAGGGCCGCCAUGCACUCAUGAUGCGCAGCUGGCGAGUUGCAGUCGAGUCGCUGGGCUUUAAGCGCUACAAGUACGUCAAGUUCUCCCAUAUGCACCUUAUUGCUUUCCGCAAGGUGUCGUCCACCACCAGCAGCGACCUGGUCAGCCGCAACUACCCGGAGAUGCUCUACAUACCACAGGACUUCCACUCGUUCGAGGAUGAGGGGUUCACAGAUUCCUACGAGCCUCCACGUUCCGAAUUCGAGGACGACCAUUUGGCAUGGAGCUUUGCGGAGUUGCCGGACACGCCAUAUGAUUCGGACUCAGGCGAUAGCCAAAGUAGCUCGGCACCUUUCCAUGAGCUGGAAGACCCCAUUUUGCUGCAGAGCUGAACUUGUUUACUGCCCCUCUUAGUGAGAGUACACCCAAAAAUGUCAAUUCUGUCAUUUACUCAACGUCAUGUUGUUUCAAACCUGAAUAAACUUCUUACUGUUUAGGAGAUGUUAGGCAAAUUGUUAACCUCAGUUAACAUUUACUUUCAUUGUACGGACAAAAUAUGCUAUAAAAGUGAAUGGUGACUGAGACCAUCAUUCUGCCUGACAUCUUUUGUGUUUCAAGGAAGGUCAUACAGGUUUGUAAAUACAAGUUAAUGAUGACAGAAUUUUCAUUUUUGGGUAAACUCUCCCUUUUACAUGUACUAACCUAUUGACGCGCUGCCAAAUGGUUUCGCUGCAAUCACGUACUCCCCUUUUUAAGCAGCAAAAAGUUUGCACAAAGUGAAUGAGGUCAUAUGUUGAAGUGGGUGUUGAUUUUUAAAAGAGUACAAGACAUCCUUUUGAACACAAACACACUAAUUAACAAUGUAAAAAAGAAGUAAUGGUUUUGCAAUAGAAGCGAUGAUCUCAGGUUGAAGAUUUUGCUCACCCAUAUUGGCUGUUUUCUCAUUGAUCAUGACUAAAAUGGACAAGACUUGGACUAGCAUAAGUUAGACCUUAGUCGAUAUAUAAUCAUUAUUGGUGUCAAAAGAUGCAAUCUUUUGGCUGGAGUUACUAUACAAAUUGUGUUGAGCGCAUCUGAAAUAGAAUUUCUAAAUGGUCUGAUUCUCAGCAAGUGACUACUGGACAUUAUAGAUAAUAGCUUUGAAAUUUCAACCAAGCAGUUUUGGAAUAGCCUUUAUCAGUGAUAUUUGUAGCAUUUUAAGUUUCUGGUUUGCUAAUGUGACUUUGUAACUGUGAAUGUGUGUUUUUUUGCUUCAACAUGGUACAAAUCAUGUGAAAUAGUUGUAGUUUUCGAGAACAAACAAUCUUACAGGUGACCAGAUUGGAUGCAUGCUUUGCCUCCUUGUAGGAGUUUCAUCGUGGCAACAUGUUUCUAACCUUGUGAUCAAAAACCUGAAUGUAGCCGAGUGACUGUCUGCCUUCAUUUUCAUUUUAUCCGCUAAUAUAACCUGUAAUAGUAGACUCCUAUCCAAUUACUUGUCAGUAUGUAGUACGAAACAGGUUCGAUUUAUCUGCAUUUCGCCAUAACGUGGUUUUAUUGAAUUGGAUGAUUGUUUACUCUUGACUGUUUACCUUCGGUUGAUCUAAAUCUACUUCCUGUAUCAUUUACAGUGUGACUAGUGUAUAUCUCAUCGAGUUCUCAAUAGAAUUCAUUAUUUUAGCUUUCUAUUUUGGCUUUUAAGGUACAGAGUUUUUGGAAAGUUCUGCCAAAUGUUUAAAAGGUAAUUCAUUUGUGACUGACUGGGGUUUUUCAUGGAAGUACUAUCAAAAAAUUGUUUAUCAAUGUAAAUUUUUAGCACUGAUGUAUUGAUCUGCUGAUUUUGAAGCUUUGUAAUUCACUCCAGGUUCUUAAAACACUAUAUUAAGUGUCCCAAGCACAUAUUUGCACAUGUUUGAUAACACCUUUCGUAGGGUUGGCAAGAUAUCGAUACUUGACAUCAGCAGAAUAGCUCAUUAGAAAAGCAAUACAUUCAUUAUCAUAAAUGGUCAGAAAUUUCAUAUAUCACAAUAACCUGGCAGUUUUACUCACAACUGAUAAUAGGCACUGUUUUGCAUUGUAUUAUUGAAUGGUAUACCUGAAUGAAAUUACAUGGGGAGAUGCUGUGAUGGUUCUUAAUGGGAUGGUUCACUCAAAAAUGAAAAUUCUUUCCCUUAUAUUGUUAAAAAGUUAUAUUACUUUUUUCCUUUCUUGCAUUGAACACAAAAGAUGUCUGGCAGAUUGACAGUCUCAGUCACCUUUUACUUUUAUUGCAUCUUUUUCCCAUACAAUGAGAGUGAAUGGUGACUAAAGCUUUCAAUUUGCAAACAUCUCAUUUUGUGUUCCACGAAAUAAUGAAAGAAAGUCACAUGUUUGGAACAAUAUGAGUAAAUGAUUUUGAGUUUUAAUUGUUUUAGUGAACUAUCACUUUAACUCCUGAAAAAGUAUGUGAGAUAUCCUUGUACACUGGGGUUGUGCUGAAGUAUAUAGUAUGUGAGGUUUUGGCGUUAAGCACUUUAAAGUUAUCAGAAUAUCAGCGAAAUUUGAUCACUCCUCAAGGUGCCUUCAAACCUAAAUUGUAUUUUUGCAUUUGGAUGAUGAAGACUGGAUGCAAAGACAGGCUACUGUUUGUCAUUUGAAAGUAAGCUAAUGUAUCUCCCACAAUAAAUAGUUGCGUACUUGGCAAAUUAACCAGCUCUAGGCUAAAUUACUAAAUACUGUUUAGUCUGUACUUGAUUUAUAAAUCUAAGAAAAAAAGUUGGUUUUUAAAAGUGGUUUUCAAAAAAAGAAGAAAAAAAGCUUUGUAUUAUAUUGUUUACUUUGUGGGGUGUUCAAACGUCCACAUAUCAAAUGUCUUUGUCUUCCGUAGGUUCUAAUCCACUGUUUGCAUGAUUGAUUUUCUCUGUUAGUGUUAUGAUGUUUGACUCCAAUAUGACUUGGCUAUUUGUGAGAAUUAUUGUCAUCUUUCAUAAAUAAACGUUUUUUGUCGCCUUCUCUUGUUUGUUUGCUGCC